GAAAAAUCUCCGAGCCGCCAUGAUGCUUGUUUGCUUUGGGUGAGAAAGAGCAGCGGAUACAAAGUGGAGCAGAAACAAAGGAGACGCGCACUCAGCUUCGUCAACUGGUAAUGCGCUUACAGUAUUACAGGGAUGCCCAAGGAAAAAUAUGAUCCGCCUGACCCAAGGCGGAUGUACACAAUAAUGUCGAGCGAGGAGGCCGCCAGCGGGAAGAAGUCAUACUGGGCCGAGCUGGAGAUCAGUGGCAAAGUAAGGAGUCUGAGCACAGCAUUGUGGUCUCUCACACACCUGACUGCUCUGCACAUCAGUGAUAACUCCCUCUCACGCAUCCCACCUGACAUUGCCAAACUACACAAUCUGGUGUACCUGGACCUCUCGUCCAACAAGAUCAGGAGCCUGCCCGCUGAGCUAGGCAACAUGGUAUCUCUCAGGGAACUGCUUUUAAAUAACAACCAGUUGCGAGUUCUACCUUUUGAGCUUGGAAAACUGUUUCAGUUACAAACACUGGGUUUGAAAGGAAACCCGCUUGCACAAGACAUCAUGAACCUCUACCAGGAACCCGAUGGGACGCGCCGGCUCCUAAACUACCUGCUCGACAAUCUUGCAGGCACUAAGCGCGUCUCCACCGAGCAGCCCCCUUCUCGCUCCUGGGUACCUCUGCAGGAGCCUGACAGGACACGACCAUCAGCCCUUUUCUCAGUGAUGUGCUACAAUGUGCUGUGUGAUAAGUAUGCCACGCGCCAGCUCUAUGGCUACUGCCCCUCCUGGGCCCUCAACUGGGACUACAGGAAAAAGUCCAUCAUGCAAGAGAUCCUCACUUGCAGUGCAGACAUCAUCAGCCUACAGGAAGUGGAGACGGAGCAGUACUACAACUUCUUCCUGGUAGAGUUGAAGGAGCAUGGUUAUGAGGGUUUUUUCAGCCCCAAGUCUCGUGCCAGGACCAUGUCUGAGUCUGACCGAAAACAUGUGGACGGCUGCGCCAUCUUCUACAAGACUGAGAAAUUCAGCUUAGUGCAGAAACACACAGUGGAAUUUAACCAGCUGGCCAUGGCUAACUCGGAGGGCUCGGAGGUUAUGUUGAACAGGGUGAUGACCAAGGACAACAUUGGGGUCGCCGUGCUCCUUGAGCUACGCAAAGAGAUGAUGGAGCAAUCUGCAGGGAAACCCUUGCAUGGAAUGGAGAAGCAGCUGCUGUUGGUGGCAAAUGCCCACAUGCACUGGGACCCUGAAUACUCGGAUGUAAAGCUGGUCCAGACCAUGAUGUUUCUCUCAGAGGUGAAGAACAUUGUGGACAAGGCCACACGCAGCCUCAAGCUCUCUUCUGUGUCAGGAGAGACCAAUGCCAUUCCGCUCGUCCUGUGUGCUGACCUCAACUCACUGCCUGACUCAGGUGUCGUGGAAUACCUGAGCACAGGUGGUGUGGACAGCACGCAUAAGGAUUUCAAGGAGCUGCGCUACAUCGACUGCCUGACCAACUUUAACUGCAACGGCAAAAAUGGCACGUCUAGCACGAGGAUCACACACGGCUUCAAGCUAAAGAGUGCCUACGAGAAUGGCCUGAUGCCUUAUACAAACUACACCUUUGACUUCAAGGGCAUCAUUGACUACAUCUUCUACUCUCAGCCCCUGCUUAACGUGCUGGGGGUGCUGGGCCCGCUGGACCCCCACUGGCUUCACGAGAACAAUAUCACCGGCUGCCCCCAUCCCCACAUCCCCUCCGACCACUUCUCCCUGUUUGCACAACUAGAGCUGGUCCUGCCCUACCCGCCCGCAGUCAACGGCAUCCACGUGCCUGGCCGCAGGUAGUUCUCCGAGCCAGCAGGGGGAGCUCCCAUCCAAGCCUCGCCUGCUCUCUGCUCAGGGAGAGAGGCGUAAAUCUUGUUGUGUAUAAAUCAGAAUCCGAUAGGAGGAGCUGGGGUAUGGCUAAACUUUUAUUCCCAAUGGAUUUUAACUGAAGCAGAUGGUUAUUGUCAGUCUUAUCUGUACCACCUCCCCCUUUCUUAGUUUUCUUGAUUUUGAUUUUUUUUUUUCCUCCCCCCUUCUUUGUUUUUUUUCUGGGCACAAGUUUAACGUUACCUUCAUUUUCACACUGUAUCCCAACCCCAGAUUUUCCUGAGAAUUUCUUGUAAAUUUUACCUGAAGACAGUGGUCAACGCUUUUAUAUAAAAUAUGGCAAUACCUUUUCAGACACAUGCAGGGAGUCCAGAUUAAGCAAGUACAUCAUCAGAUUUCUAUUUUGGACCAUGCCACUUUUUUCUGACGCCAGUUCAGAGCAAGCAGCUAAAUUAGACAGGAACCGUUAACCACACCAGCUUUUCAGAGAUGAUCACAUAGUCUGUUCUCCCAUAAUGCCCUUCUGACCUAAAGGGCUUCUUUGGUGUGUACAGUGUGUGAGAGCAGGUCACACUCUCACCUUUACACUCCACAUGGUGCUGAGGUGUCUUCUAAUACAACCCUGCCCUCCUGCUGUACACCCUGAACCGUGUGUGUGUGAUUCACCACACUGAGGCUUCAGCCCUCAGAGACGCUGCAGUCCACCCGAGUGCGUCCAUCUCAUCUCAGUAGACCGAAGGAGUUUUAGUACAGAUGCACUUAGUCACUCGUACCGUUUAUUUUAAUCUAAAUCUUUUUGCUUAUAAUGGUUUUCAAACCCAUGUCUAUAGCCUUGAUGUAUGCAGCAAAAACAGAGGGCGGCAGGAAAAGGGAAACGUUCUGGAAUGGGCAGCUGUGUUUUUGGCUUGUCAGAGACUGCAGCUCAUACACCUGGAGCGCUGCUGACCCCAGGGCAGUUGAGUUUGGCAGACAGUCACAAAAACUCAAGCAGGGCGGUACAUGGCAGCAAGGGCAUAAGUGAAGCAUGCUCAUUCUCAACUAGUUAGGCUAGCCUCCCUCUCUCUGUCCAGUAUGUUGCCUUGCUCAGCCAAGGCACCCACCCAUUUUCUUUUGCUGUGGUUAUAUUUAUUUUUUGUUUUAUUUUUGUUUCUUUGGUUUCUUUUUUUGUAUAUUCUGUUUUGCUCCCAGAGUGAUUAUUUUUUGGGACUCCACAUGAUUGUAUACAAACCACAGAAGUCCUGAUUUCUUUUUUGUGUACAUAUUCAAAUUUCGAUUUGGAUAAAAAAAUGAUUGUAUUGUAAAUGAAAAGCUAAAUUUCUAUCAGUUUUAAGGUGUUUUGAACCUAAUGAACAUGCAAAAUGACCAGCAUGUAUACAAGAGGAAGAAGACAAUUUUCAGGUUUUUGCUGUGUAAAUUUGCACUUGUCCAGGUCCUUUUUGUUUUUUUUUUUAUUAUUUCUACCUUCCAGUACCACUUUUAUUUCCUCUUAACCAAAAGCAUUGCUGCAUAGAGCCUGGUGUCUGGUUAUGUGCCCCUUUUUUCUGUUUUCAUGAAAACAUGCAGCGUUGUGCCUCACUGCUUCCUUCCUCCAAGCACACUGCCAGUGCUCUCCUGGACACCUAAAACAGCCUCCAGCUAAACCACCUCCCCUCACUGUUCUAGUAUCUUAAAUAUUAGCUCACCUGCUGUUACCCUGUAGCUGCUUUGCUGAUUGGUUCUCUUCAGAGCUUCUUUUUUCUCCCAUUUUUUUUUCAGUCCAGUUUUCCACCAUCAGUCUUACCUUACAGUGGCUGUAGACUAGUUUUUCAUCCACAGCUCCUUACCCAACCCCCCCAGCUCUCAAUUUACUGCCACAUCCUCGCUCUCAACUCAGGCGAUUCUCUUUCACCGUUUGUGUUUUUGUGGAAUUUUUUUUUCUAAUUGUUUGCAUUUUUUAUA